AGAACUCAGUCUUCAUAUUCAUUCGCUCGUCAAUACUAUCUGCAGUCGGCCAUUCUUCGAGAAGGUAAAAUAAUAAUAGCGAAAUGGCGAACAAUUUAACACUUGGAAUCAAUGACGUUCGGAACGAGCAUUCUGGAGAUGAAAGUGAUGAAGAUGAUGAUGAUGUAGUCGAGCAAAGUCCAUGUGGACGAUGGGAGAAGAGAAGGCAAGAGGUGAUGCAGAGAGAUGUCCCAGGUAUUGACCAUUCAUUCUUAGCCAUGGAUACAGAGGAAGGCGUUGAAGUAGUUUGGAAUGAAGUGCAGUUUUCUGAGAGAAAAUCCUUCAAAAGUAAAGAGGAGAAUGUCACAGCUGUCUUUGAAAAUCUGAUCCAGUUGGAUCAUGCAAACAUUGUUAAAUUUCACAAGUUUUGGACAGAUACCAGUCCUGAAAAACCUCGGGUCAUCUUCAUCACUGAGUACAUGACUUCUGGAUCAUUGAAACAGUUCCUGAAGAAGACACGAAAGAGCUUAAAGACCUUGAAUGAGAAGGUAUGGAAAAGAUGGUUACGGCAAAUUUUGUCAGCCUUGAGCUAUCUCCAUGGAUGUGAAACACCUAUUGUGCAUGGCAACUUGUCUUGUGACACAAUAUUUAUCCAGCACAAUGGAUUGAUCAAAAUUGGUUCAGUUGCUCCUGAUACCAUUCACAAUCAUGUGAAAACAUACAGAGAUGAGAGGCGGAAUAUGCACUUUAUUGCCCCAGAAUAUGGAAAACCUGGACAUAUCAUUGACUGUGCAGUUGAUAUUUAUGCUUUUGGAAUUUGUGCUCUUGAGAUGGCAGCCCUGGAACUUCAUGACACAGAGGGUCGAGUUUCACGAGAUGCUGUCUUCAAAGCCAUUGCCGGAUUAGACUCCGCUAAUUCCACUAUACCACACCAGCAGGACUUCAUUCGGAGAUGCUUAGCUGAAAAUCCUGCAGAGAGACCUACUGCUAGAGACUUGCUGCUGCAUCCAAGUCUGUUUGUGGUUCAUCCUCUCAAGUUGCUUGCAGCACACUGCAUGGUGGAUAAUGAUGUGUCUCCUCCUGACAAUCGUGAAGACACUGAUCCUGAAAGAGUGCUAGCAACCAUUGGAAAGGAACUGAAUUGGAAGCGAGGAAAGUCUCCUGCACUGGAACUGGAAAAGUAUUUGGAGGAAGUAAGAAAUGGCUUGUUUCCCCUUACUGGAAUGCAACAAAAGAAGGAGUUGAGACCAAGACAAAGACCCAAAUCCCCUGAAGGAGAGGAAUCUGUCCUCAGUGAAAAUCAACAUCAAUAUGAUGAAGAAACUAGAAGGGCUACUCUUACCAAAUGUCAGAUCAAACUCAGUCAGGACAGUGCAGACAGUAAACAGCAAACUCAGCUGGAAUUACUCCUUAAAUUGGAUGAUAAGAUGAAUAGACAUCUUGUGAGUGAUCUUCGUCCAGGGGAUAAAGGAGUGGACCUGGCUGACGAUCUAAUCAGACAUGGACUAUUAAACAAGGCGGACCGAGAAGAAUUAGCCAAAUCUAUACAAACACAGUUAGAUUCCUACCCUACCAUUACAACUUAAUUUUGGCCGUUUGUUCCUGUCCGGAUCAAUUAUAACAAAGAAUGUGAACCGGCCAUUAGAACCAAAGCGUCGAAGGGAUUGGUUUCCUUGAACAUCUUUGUACAUACACGGGAAAUUAUCAUCGACGCUCAUUCGGUUACCAGUACCUCUCGUUUUCGAUGGCAACCAUUUCGCGGAAUGCAACGCAUCCCGUCAUUCCUCCCCUAAUACAUAUCAUAAAUUGGUGAGCUGGAAUUGCCUAGAAAAAUAUUCGAUUAAUUUUCAUCGUUCUGUUUGGUA